UAAUUUUAGAGACAGAAAUGCCGAAAAGAAAACUCGUUACAUCUGACACAACUGAAAGAGACUGGCUGCGGAAAAACGUUCCCACACGUACUUUGACCAGAUGGAAAAAAAGAAAAAUCAACAGAGCUUUGACUGACAUCGGGAAGCACACCACGCAACACGGAAGUGAUGUAGAUGAUGGCAAGAGAGAAGAACUGAGAGCAGAAACUCUUAGAGUUCCACAGGAAAGUGAAGAUACCACCCAGAGAGACGAGCAGAUAGCAGAUUCUCGCACAGUGCCAUGGGAAAGCGUGGAAGAUAAUAGUCAGAUAGAACAGAGAGCACAACCUUUCAGAGUUCCACAGGAUUACAUUGAAGUUGCCACCCAAAGGCAGGAGCAAAGAACUGAACCUUUCACAGUGGUACAGGAGAAUUUCCCUCAAGAAGGAGGUGAUGUCCACUCCUCCCAUGGACUAACAGAAGAGCAAAGCAUCAUCUCAAUUCUCUCAUUUGCAUUGAGACACAACACUACAGGUGUAUUAUUGGAGGACCUGCUGAAACUGCUCAAGUUACAUUCUGGUGGGACUACUGCAGUUCCAACAAGCAAGUAUUUUCUGGAAAAACCAUUAGCUGAUAUUACAGAGCAGUUUGGACGACAUCACUACUGUAGAGUUUGUACUAAGUACAUUGGUUCCUCACAAUCUUUAGAAGAAACACUUAAAUGUGUCUCAUGUUCCUUAUUCACAACUGCGAAAGCCAGUUUGGAGGAAGGUAGUUUUUUUAUUAGUAUACCAUUAAAAGAUCAGCUGAAAGAUAUUCUUGAAAACCACGGUAUGCAUGAUCUAUGUUUUUGUGCUGAUGCCAGUGGGAGGCAUGUAAUAAAUGACAUGUGUGAUGGCAGCUUGUACCAGACCAUAAAGGCUAACAGUGAAGAGGAUUUUCUAUCACUCACAUUCAACUGUGAUGGUGUACCAGUUUUUCAGUCCUCCAGAUUUAGUAUUUGGCCAAUAUUGUGCUGUGUUAACGAGAUACCACCUGAGAAUACAUGGCAGCUUUAUGGAUAG